ACUUCCUUGUCCCAGCCCCUUCCCAGGAGCCGGAGGUGUGCCGCCCGGGCCGCUACCCCGCCACCCCGUCCCUGGAGCGUCCCUGGAGCCCGUGCUUGACGCGGAGAGAGGGCGCUGUCCCUCACGGCCCUCACCCUCAGCCAGGCGGGCACCCCAGCAGGGGCUGAGCCACCCUCAUGGAAGGGAGAGGACCGUACCGGAUCUACGACCCUGGGGGCAGCGUCCCUCCGGGAGAGGCGUCCACAGCUUUUGAGCGCCUAGUGGAGGAGAAUUCCCGACUAAAGGAAAAAAUGCAAGGGAUAAAGAUGUUAGGGGAGCUUUUGGAAGAGUCCCAGAUGGAAGCAUCCAGGCUGCGGCAGAAGGCAGAAGCGCUGGUCCAGGACAGUGAGCUGGUCCAGGACAGGCAGCCGCUCCCACCACCGUCUCCCACUUUGACUUCCUUCGACCACCUGCCUGAGCUCACAGGUCCAAGGGCACCAGGAAAGGAUGCAAAUGUCCCAGCACCCGCUGCGGACCCUGCACCCCCCAGUGACAAGCCAGAGCCAGUCCAAAAACCUCCAUCCAGUGGCACUUCCUCUGAAUUUGAAGUGGUUCCCACCGAGGAGCAGAAUUCUCCACCAGAGAGCGGCGGCCAAACCAGAAACAUGAUGGAGCUGGGUCCCCUGCCCCACGAGGACAGCAACCUGAUGCUGCACCUGCAGCGCCUGGAGACCACCCUGAGCGUGUGCGCCGAGGAGCCGGACCACAGCCAGCUCUUCACCCACCUGGGCCGCAUGGCCCUCGAGUUCAACCGGCUGGCCUCCAAGGUGCACAAGAAUGAGCAGCGCACCUCCAUCCUGCAGACCCUGUGUGAGCAGCUUCGGAAGGAGAAUGAGACCCUGAAGGCCAAACUGGACAAGGGCCUGGAACAACGGGACCAGGCUGCUGAGAGGCUGCGGGAGGAAAACAUGGAGCUCAAGAAGUUGUUGAUGACCAGCGGCAAAGACGUCUGCGGGCGGCCAGGCUCACCCAAGAUGGAAGGCGCAGGCAAGAAGGGGGUAGCUGGACAGCUGCAGGCUAGUGCAACAGCAAGUAAGACCCCAGAGGCGGGAGCCUUGGGUGCAGCUGAGAAGAAGGUGAAGAUGCUGGAGCAGCAGCGCACAGAGCUGCUUGAAGUGAACAAACAGUGGGACCAGCAUUUCCGGUCCAUGAAGCAGCAGUACGAGCAGAAGAUCACUGAGCUGCGCCAGAAGCUGGCGGACCUGCAGAAGCAGGUGACUGACCUGGAAGCUGAGCGGGAGCAGAAGCAGCGUGACUUUGACCGCAAGCUUCUCCUGGCCAAGUCCAAGAUUGAAAUGGAGGAGACCGACAAGGAGCAGCUGUCAGCAGAGGCCAAGGAGCUGCGCCAGAAGGUCAAGUGUCUGCACGAACAGCUGAGCCCACUGACCCGGCAGCGGGAUUACCAGGAAAAGGAGAUCCAGCGGCUCAACAAGGCCCUAGAGGAAGCACUGAGCAUCCAGGCCUCCCCAUCGUCUCCACCAACAGCCUUUGGGAACCCAGAAGGAGCUGGGGGCCUCCUCAGAAAACAGGAGCUGAUCACGCAGAAUGAAUUGCUAAAACAGCAGGUGAAGAUCUUCGAGGAGGACUUCCAGAGAGAGCGCAGUGAUCGGGAGCGCAUGAAUGAGGAGAAGGAAGAGCUGAAGAAGCAGGUAGAGAAACUGCAGGCCCAGGUCACCCUGUCAAACGCCCAGCUAAAAGCAUUCAAAGAUGAAGAAAAGGCGAAAGAAGCCCUCAAACAGCAGAAGAGGAAAGCAAAGGCCUCGGCAGAGCGCUACCACGUGGAGCCCCGCCCGGAGCACCUCUGCGGGGCCUACCCCUAUGCCUAUCCGCCCAUGCCAGCUAUGAUGCCACAUCACGGCUAUGAGGAUUGGUCCCAGAUCCGCUACCCCCCGCCCCCCAUGGCUAUGGAGCACCCGCCCCCACUCCCCAGCUCCCGCCUCUACCAUAUGCCAGAAUACACCUGGCGGCCACCCUAUGGAGGGAUGCGCAAUCAGACCUCCCAAGUGAUGGACUCGCCUGCAGCUAGGCCUGCAGAACCAGACUCUGCAAAAAAUGACCGCAAGGGGCCUCAGUGAGACCAGAUUACUUCACUUGGCUUCACCUUCGUCCUGCAGAGCCAGCUGACCUCAGAUUUCUGAAAAACUAGAGGCCACGUGCUCUGUGUGGCCAGAGUCUGAGCCAGACAGGAAGCUGAGAGGGGCCACCCGCCUGUGCCCUGGCCCCAACCUGAACUGUUUGCAGAUUGGGGAGGCUCUACCCAGAAGGCUUCCGUCUGCGCCCUUCCUUUGGCGCAACUGGAAAAAAACUCACUGUCCUGCCACCGCGUGGAGAGAGGACCUGCCAUCCUUGUGGAAUCCGCCGGGGGACGUCAGUCACAAGAGUGGGGUGCAGCUGAGGCCCCUUUCUUUCAGAACUCCCCCAGAAGUGGUUCCAGCCUCUCUGGGGACCACGUUCAAUUCAUGUGUGUGUUUAAUUUUGCUUCAAGCUCUGUAGUAGCAGGACCUAGACCACGCCCACCCCUCCCCCUCCGUGAGGAGCUGCGGGAAGAGUAGGUUUGCCUCCGGGAGCCAAGAGAACGAGGGUUGUUCUGCUGCGGGGCCCUCCACCUCCACCCAAGCAGCCUUGCUCGCGCCACUGCAGCCCGGAUGAAGGCCAUGCCGGCCACAUAUGCUGAGGGGCCCAAGCCCGAAGCCACCAGGCCCUCGGCCCCGCCCCUGGAGGCCUGCGGUGCUGGAGGCCCGGACUGGGGUGGCUGUCUGUCCCUGGGCAGCUCUUUGCACGAAUCUUGGACAUAAACCCAAGUGGAAGUUUCUGUAA